AAUAAAACUAGGUGUUAAAAUUGCACACAAUAGGAUAAAAUAAGAAAUUGCAGAAAUAACAGUUACAAUUAAAAAAAAAGUGUACAUGUCGAACUUACAACAUUGUGUUAUAGGACAAGAUACACGUGUGGUACAUCUUUCGAUGACAUAUCAGAACUUCAAGUUCUUCACAAUCGCCGUUAGUAGUACUAAACUAUUAAUUGUUUUUCAUAUAAAAAUACAAAAAAGAACGAAUAAUGAAUCAGGACAAACUUUCGACUUCUUUCGAAGGCAAACCUAGAAAAGGAUCUCACAGUAAAGUAGAACUUGAAGUAGAAGGUGAUAAAACAAAACAGCACGACCACGAUGUGCCAAUACGAGACAAAAACACAAAUAAACAACAAACAACAACAAAUAUUCUUGACUUCCCAGAUGAAAUUCUUUUUUGUAUAUUCAAAAAUGUAGACCCAAACGAUUUGAAUAAUCUCCGAUUAUGUUGCACAAAAUUUGCAAGACUAGCGGCAGAUAAAUUUUUAUGGAGUUUCGACUAUCGCAAAACACCUAUACUUCCGUCUCAAAUGGAGCCGUAUGAAACUUUCCUAAAACCAUUAACAUACAGCUUAGCAAUACGUGGAGAUUUCAAACAUAGCUAUAGAAAUAUUCUUUUACCUAAUUUUUUUCUCAAACUACGACAAAUAUGCCGGAGACUUCGCAAAUUGAUUAUCGAACAGAAUUAUAUUGUUAUAACUAAGGAUACGUCAACAACUCUUGAGAAGCUUGAAUUUAAAAAUUGUAUUGUAGCUGGUGGUACUUUUGGUGGUGUCAAAUUGUUUCCGUCUCCUUUUUUUCCUGGAAUAUGUAGGUUCGUACCCUACAUAAAACAUUUAAUCUUUAACAAUGUUCUGUGGGAUAUGGAAUCACCAUUUUUGACAAGUAUAUGUACACUUACAGAACUUCAGAAACUUGAAAUAAUUUCAUGUUUUCGUAUAAAGUACUUUUAUCCAGACAUAGAUUUAUUCACUACUCCUUGUAACUGCCAAAAGCUUGAGAUUCUAAACUUUCAAAACACAGUAGUAGAAGAUAAGAUAGUUGAAUGGUUUUAUCAAAUUGAAUCUUUAAAAGAACUGUAUUUAGAAUGUCCUGAAUAUUUAAGGAAAGAAUUGUCAAAUGAAUCAUUAAAGGAGUUACAAAACUUUUAUUACGAAGAAUACAUGCCUAUGUGUCUGUUUGAUGAAGAACUUCAUACCUUUUUAUGUAAAAUAGAACCUCUUCUUGCCCAAAACAGAGGUGAAGAAAUAAUCGCUUGCAGGGACAAUUUGUUUCCAAACUAUUUGUUGUCAAAUAUUAGUCGCUAUAUAAGUAGAUGUACUAAUUUGAAGAUAUUACAUAUAAGACAUUAUUCGCAUGUUACUAGAGCAGAUAUCAAUAUUAUGGCUUUGACGUUACCAAACUUGGUAGAGUUGGAUAUAACUGGUUGUACUGUAACUCUGGAGGACGUGAAAUACUUUGAACUACAAAGACCUAAUGUUGAAACUUAUUCAUCUUUUAGUAAACCACAUAAAAGAUAUGCUAAAAACGUAUAAGUAAGAUGAAUAUUUAUACGAAGUCAAUUUGACCUAGAUUAUAAAAGAAACGAGUUAGAAACGAAAAUCGUUUCCUAUCCCGAUAAACAGUAGUACUUGAUAGUGCAAUUAUCUGAAUAAUUAUAAUGAAACUGUAAUUAUCGUACCUGAAAAAAGUAAUUAAGCAAGAAUAUCACAUUUACGUGUAAUUGUAAUAAUUGUAACUGCAUUUAUAAUUAUUACAAAACUUUGUAACAUCUUAAGUUAUUUUAAUAUGAGAAAUUGGAAACUUAUGAUGUUAAAACGUAAGAAAACCGAAAAAUAUAAUUAAUUUAUUCAAAUAUUUAUAGAACAGAUAAAAGAUAAUCACUUUUAAGUAUCUACUGAUUGUAAACAAUUGAUAUGUGGUGUCAUAUCAACUGUAGAAACGCAAUCACAAGAAAUUUUAUCUAGUAGUUUACUAU